GCCAUAUGUAUAUUCGCCUCCGCCAUGUUUGUCCUUUGAAAUUGUUAGCUAGUGUUCGUCAUAAUUAAGACAGAUUUUGGAAAUCGCUAAGACUGGUUCCGUUGUUGUACGCAUUCUUUAAAUUCUGAUUUUCAACAUGCAAAUGCGGCUAAUAUGAUUUCCAUCCAAACUCCGACGGGCUAAACGUUAACGUUAUAUUAAAUAGCAAUAAUUCGUUAUCUCUUCGAAUAUUAAAAGAAAUUUUUACGGUACCUCAAAGUAACUUAUUUCGUCAAUAUGUGGAAUAACAAGUUUAUGUAAUGUGUUGUCAGCACCCAAAAAUACUAUUAAACGCUGAAUUUGUUGAUCUGAUCCCAUCCACUAAAGUAGCAGCGUUUUUACAGUGAUUAGUACAAAUUCACUCAAGUUGGAGACCAGAUCAAAUUAAGUUUAAUAUUUUACGUAGCUACCGUCCUAUUUUAGAUAAUUAGGCGAAUGUACUGUCAGUGUUAGUGUUACUUUAAUGGGUAGUCUAAUAACGAUAUCUGGAUAGGUAUUAAUGUCUCAUUCAUUAUACUUCCCGGUAAAAUUCAAGGUCAGACAACACUUCUGGCCAUCUUUUCUUUGCUGGGCUAUUCCAAGUGUUGGUAGUAUAGUGAUGCUAAGGAAACUCACUUCGACCCCAUUCUCGCUCACUGCUUUAAUCUUCAUAAAAAUUGUAUUUUAUUUCAAUCUAAAGUAAUGUACAUAAAUCUUCCAUAUUCAUAGUUCAGUGUUGCCGUCUGUUUAUCGUGAAUUUUGUGUUGUCAAUACUGAAUCAAGUCAAAUUCUUUACAGUAUCCUUUUUGGCAGAGAAAAAAUGAUUUCUUAAACAAUUUAUUGGAUCAAUAAAGUAAAAUUCCUUUUUUUAAAUGUUGGUAUGUAAAUCUUUGCAUAGAUAUGCAACCACAUUGGCCUAUCAUUGCAGCGAUGUCAGGUCACCCGACUAUUGCUAAUGGCUCAGCAAUAUCCAUUGACCGUCACAUUUCUGGUCCGAUGGAUUCUAGCAGUAUGCUUAUUGGUGCACUUACCCCUGGUUAUGUACGACCGACUCUCUCUUCCAAUGUUUUGCCUGGUUCCUCAAUGCCUUCAGCACCUGGUGGAUUCAGUCCUCAUCAGAGUUUGGCUUACCCUUUCCCUCAUUCAUUCUCUGUUGGUGCCAACCAGUCACUUGAACCUGCUAUUACUGGGCGUCAAUUUCCCAAUGCUUCAUUAAAUCCCUCUUACCACCUACAACAGUUCCAACAAUCGGCUUCCCAGCCCUUACCCUUGCCUCAUCCACCUGUUCCAUAUGGUCAGUCGUUGUCUUACUUAGCACCUUCUCUAGUAACAGCUAUGGGUAAUGGCAACCUUGGUCACAUACAUCAAACUUAUGCAAAUGUACCAUCACAGGCACCGAUGGCAGUUAAUAUGACAGCGCACUGCCGUACAUUUGAUUCUUUAAAACAUUUUGGUUCUGUCCCUCAAACACAGCAUGGUCGUCGGAAUAAAUCAACUGUCACUUCCAAGACGAAUUUAUAUAUAAGCGGACUAAGUGAAUCUGAUACAGAUGAUACAGUUCGUUCACUUGUUGAAAAUAUUGUUCAACCAAAGUCUUGCAAAGCAAUGGUUGUCAAUGGAAGAUGCAGAGGUUCUGGUUUUAUUGAUUGCGCUUCUGAAGAGGAUGCAGAAAAAGCGAAAGCACAUAUUUUAGAAUGCGCCAGAACUAACGGACGCAAAUUGUCAGUAAAGUAUGCAUAUGAAAAUGAGAAAGAUGCUCUUAAUGUUUAUGUACGCAAUCUUCCACGUGAAGGUUUUUCAAAAGAGAUGUUGGAAAGUUUGUUUCAGAAAUUUGGUCAUGUUACGUCUGUUAAACUUCUUGAAACAGUCACAGGAUUUACAGGGAUUGGUUUUGUUCGUUUUGCCACAGCCGAACAAGCGGAAAAAGCAGUUGAACAAAUGAAUGAAGCAAAACAUAUUGUUCGAGGUGGGGAUAAACCCAUAACUUGUAAACUGGCUGAUAAAGCAGAUCCUAGACGACGUAAUGCUGCUCCUAAUGCACAAGCGUUUGUUGCUGCUGCUGGAUUACAUCCACAAAUACCUGUUGCUAAUCAUUUAACGCGUACAGCUCAAGGUCUCUCUAAUCUCGCUUCUCUUCAAGCUUUAGGUCAAGCUCAACAAUCUACCUUUACUCCUCAAUUUCCUUUAACUGCACAGUUAGUGCAACCUUUGCAUCAAACUCCUGUUGUUGUUCCAAAUAUGCAUUCAUCCUCAAUAUCCUCACAAAACCGUAAUAUUUUAUUGCCAUCAACACUACUGCAGAAUGGUCCAUGUGGUGGUAAUACAGCUGUCCCAGUUUCAUUCCCUUCCAUUGGAACGAAUGGGGGUAAUGGUCAGUCGACUAUUUCUACUAGUUCUUAUAGAGCUAACUUGGUUGGGAUACACCAGGGUCAAAUGCCUUCUGGAGCUCAACCAAACCAAGCAACUGCAAUUGUUGCUGGAUAUGCUGAUUAUCCCUUCAGUCGUUCCAAAUCAUGUGUCAAUGUUCAAUCUGGAAAUUUCUCAGCUAACAAUCUCCCUGUUUAUACAGCAAAUGGUAACUCUUCUCAGUCUACUCAUAGUGCUUUUCAAUCAGUUGCAUUUGGAACUCCUACAACUUCUAAUUAUCAGGGAGGAUUAUCGUAUGUUCAUCAUCAACAACAGUCACAACCAACACCUAGUGUUCCUGCAGCGGCGGUUGCAAACAGUUCUCAAAUGGUUAUUUUGGCUCAGACCCCUAUUAAUUGUCUUUAUCAAUCAUCAAAUGGAUCUACAUCAGCCGCUUAUCCAACAGGUAUCUCAUCGACUAGUGGUCACCAGAAGCAACCACUUCUUUCCUCUAAUAACACUCCUACAGUUUGCCAGGUGCAAAAUAUACCAUGUAAUUCGUGUCCAGUUUCAGAAGCAACUACAAAUCUAAAUCCUGUUGGCUUAAUUACCUCUGAAUUUCAAAUGAUGAAUUUUGGUCCAAAUAGCAUAACUAACGUUUCAUCGUCUCAUUCAAAUUUGGUGACUGAUGUUUCUUGUGAAACACAAGAAUGGUCAAACGUUGGCAACCAAAAAAUAUGUUCUUUGAAUUCUGUCAACACGUCAGAAAGUGAUGUAGCUUAUCAAUCACCAUCUGUUCUUAAAAAUUCACAUGAGUUAACAACUUCAAGCGAUGGGAAUGUUGGUUAUACUGCUACUACUACUCAAAAUACUAUUACUGUGUCUAAUACAGUAGUAGAGCAAAAUGAUACUCAAUGUUACACAAAUCCUGUGCAAGAAAAAAUUAGUUCUUCAGAUUUUAAUAACUUAUCAAGUUUGUCAAAUGAAGAAUUUAACGUAGUCACUUCACUUAAUCCUUCAAAUCAUUCUUCUGUCCCAAAUUCUGCUUACUUAACGGGGAACCAUCAUUUCUCUUCGUCUAAUUUAGAAGUUAAUGGUUCAUCGAAUUCUACUGACUGUCAGUCAAGUGCUUUGUCAUCGCAAAGAAAAAAUAAAAUUACGGACAAACAUCGAGAUUCAUCAUCGUCAAAUUCAACCGUUUGUAGUCGUCAUUGCAAUGAGGUGGUCAGUUUAAAUGAUACCAAAUCAGCAUCAUCAUCGUCUAUACAACAUUUGAAUAGACGAAAGAAAAAUCCUUAUUCAUCUAGUAUUAAUAGUCAUAAACAGCAUUCAAGAUCUCCAUCGAAGAAAAAUAGUUCACCUGUCAGCAGUAGUACCGAGGUUCGUAUGCCAACUAGUUGCACGAUUUUGAACCCAUCGUCUCCUUAAGUAGAGACAUAACUUACGUCUAUAUUGUUUUUUUUAAACAAAAAAUCCCUACACACAGUUGUCGAUCAGUUAAAAUGGAUUUACAAUUUACAUGCGUGGCCAAUUCUCGCAUUCAACACUAAAUUUUUGUUUUAGGUACCAAACAAAAGUAAACGAAAGUGUACAUAUAUCUCACCCUUUUUUAAACCACUCUGUAAAUGAUUUUACAAUCAAUGUUGUGUUUUGUGAUUUCUUCCUCCCUUUCCACCUGUCUGUCGUUUUAUUCCUUCAUACUUCUCUCUUCUUAGGACGCUAUCACUUUUCUUUUAGGGUCGACAGAUUAUUGUGUGUAUGUUUGUAUGAUGUGAGGGAUGUUCAGAAAAAGAAAACACGUUGGAAAAAUAAUGCUCAACUAGGAAUCAGCCCAACAAUUUGACCAAAUAAUCAAUCUAGAAAACUGAAGGUUAUUUGUGUAUCUUGCUUAGUUUAUGAGGAAGAAAAAAACAACUUCGCACACAUUUUCUUUGUACUUUCGGUCGAAAUAUCAGCUCUUUUCUUGAUUUUAUGUGAAGUGCUGCAAAACAAUGUCCAAGGUAACAGUUGAAGGGGUUGUAUGACAAUAUUAUAAGUUUUUUUUAACAAAAAUGUUCGCUGCUGACUUUGUUAACUUCCUUCUGUUCUCUUGUUGCAAGAAAUUUUCACUGAGCUUUUUUUC